AUGAACGCCGUCCCCGAAGCAGGCCCGGUCAAAACAAUCCAGCUACAAGACAAAAUCAUCGCCAUCACCGGCGCCAACAGAGGCAUCGGGCUCGGCAUAGCAGACUGCUGCCUCGCCAACGGCGCGGCGAAAAUCUACUCCAUCGACAUCGGCGCGCCCGGCGACGAAUUCGCCGCCGUCGAGAAAAAGUACCCCGGCCGGCUGUUCGCAGUGCAGGCAGAUGUCACGCAGGAAGACUCGAUCCAGGCGGCCGUGGACAAGAUCCUCGCCGAGGCCGGGGGACUGCACGGCAUGGUCGCCAACGCGGGCCGCACCAAGCACAAACCCGCACUAGACUUCACAACCGCCGAACUCGACCAACUCUGGGGCGUGAACCUCUACGGCUCCUUCUACACCGCGCGGUGCGCAGCGCGGGCCUUCAUCGCACAGGGCGUGCGCGGCUCCAUCGUCUUCACGGCGUCGAUGGCGUCGCACCGGCCGAACAAAGUGGUUCCGUCCGCGCCGUACGGGGCGUCGAAAGCCGGGAUCCGCAAUAUGACGCACACGCUGGCGAUGGAGUGGGCGCAGUACGGGAUCCGGGUUAACUCGGUGUCGCCGGGGUUGGUCAAGACGGCGAUGACGUAUUGGGUCGAGCAGCAGGCCGACUGGGAGCAGCAGUUGAAGUACUAUGGGGGGAUUCCGCGGUUGGCCGAGGUGGAGGAGUUGGGGGGUGCGUAUGUGUAUUUGCUGAGUGAUGCGGCGAGUUAUACGACGAGUAUUGAUGUGCCGGUGAACGGGGUGAUUGGGAUCUGUUAG